AUGUCCCUACCCCCACCUAAGCUGGCCCACCAAGUCCCCUUCUGUGGCACCCUGCCCUCUCUGAGAAGCAACAGUCGUCGCGAGCUGCAUCAGAGGGUCUUCACAGAGCAGGUUCGAGAAUGCAUGGACAACGGCUACCUGCUCUCCUCCAAGAAGAUUGGCUCUGGUGCUUUCUCCAAGGUCUACCUGGCCUAUGCAACACGUGAGCGCAUGAAGCACAACCCGAAGCUAUUCUCUGACUUGCGGGGCAAGCACCACACUAUGGUAGCUAUUAAGAUUGUGUCCACGGCUGAAGCCCCAGUGGAGUACUCCAGAAAGUUCCUGCCCCGUGAGAUUUUAUCACUCAAUGCCACCUAUAAGCACCUGAACAUAGUGCAGUUGUACGAGACCUACCAGAAUAGCCAGCGCUCCUACCUGGUAUUGGAGUUGGCAGCCCGAGGUGACCUGUUGGAGCAUAUCAAUGCCAUGUCAGACCUUCGAUGCUGCCCAGGGCUAGAGGAAGAAGAGGCCCGAAGGCUGUUCUGGCAACUGGUCAGCGCUGUGGCCCACUGCCACAAUGCCGGCAUUGUGCACCGGGAUUUAAAAUGUGAAAAUAUCCUGUUGGAUGACCAGGGCUUCCUAAAGCUGACAGAUUUUGGCUUUGCCAACUGCAUGGGGCUCAAGAACUCACUGCUGAGCACCUUCUGUGGCUCUGUGGCCUAUACGGCCCCAGAGAUCCUCAUGAGCAAGAAGUACAACGGUGAGCAGGCUGAUCUGUGGAGCCUAGGGAUCAUCCUCCAUGCCAUGGUGUCUGGGAAGCUGCCCUUCAAGGAACAUCAACCCCCUCGCAUGCUGCAACUGAUUCGCCGUGGUCCCAUCUUCAGGCCAGGGCUGUCCCCAGAGUGCCGGGACCUGAUCAGAGGGCUGCUUCAGCUGCAUCCGUGUGCACGCCUGGGCCUACAGCAGGUGGCUGCUCAUUGCUGGCUGCUACCUGCAGAACACAUACUGUCCUCUACGCUUGGUGCUACCCCAGAACAGGAGCAUUCCCAGUCGGCAAUAGGCCCUGGUAACACAGAGCCUCGCGGAGAUAUGGUGUACAGAAGCAAAAGCUGCAGCACCUCCAGAGGCAGGUCAUCUCUAAGGAGAGUGUCUCUUGCCCAGCUGUGCAGCAUCUGGAAACCUGUACCAGAGGAAUAG